AUGCUUUCCCCACCUCCAGCAUCCAGCCCCGAGCGCAUACGUGUCGACGGUCCACUCAAUAGGGUUCCAGAAGUUGACGAGCCGGCUUACCACGAUGAUGAAUGGGUUGAUGAGGACUUGUUAGAGUCGGAGGGAUUGUAUCGCGGCUCUUACAAGCGCCUCGUACUACUUUACACCCUUGCACCGUUGACAAUUAUCGUGACCAUCGCACUGCUUGCCUUUCUACCCCAAAUUGCCUACCACGACCACAAAAAGGACAACGACUAUCCAUACCCGGCCCUCUUGCCCUACCCAAUACCAGAGAUUCUUCUCCCCGCAGCCCUCUUUGCGCUCACACAUCUCUUACGACCCACUCUUUCUGCCAUACCCAACUUGCUCAUUUCCGAAUCGCUCACCGCUACCUUGAUAUCCACGGUUCUAACCAGCAUCCUCUCAACUUUUGCGCGCCUCAUCUCACUAUGCUUCCUCCUUAUCCAAUCUUACGCAAAAUACAAGCAACCAACUUGGCAUGAUCCUGCCUUCAUUCGUAUAUGGUGGGCUGGGUUGGGUUGGGCAGCAGCGGAAGGAGUCGUUGCUGUCGCACAAGGAUACUCUGGACUUGCACUAUACCGCGACGUGCUCGUGACCUCUCCAAUAGCAAGUUCUGGGGUUGCCACACCAGAUUCGACAGAGCAGCAACUCUCUGCCUCUGUUGAGCGCACUCCCCUCCUUCCAAGACGGACUUCCUCAUAUCAAAGCUCAAUCCCCCAUCCAAUGAACUCCUCGACAAUUCUGACGGAUCCAGACACGGAACUUGAGAAUGAUCUCGACCAGCUUCUUGCGCUUAAAGCCCGCGACGAGUUGGAAGAUGUUCUCGGCCUUCCUUUAGUUUAUAUUCCGCCAUUUAUCCCUCCGCUGCAGCGAAUCAAUGCCAUCUUGCUGUCGCUGGGCCUGUUUCUACUAUUGGGGGUCUCAUUGUCUGUGCACGGGCCCAUUGCCGUAUUAUUGAUAGGACUGGCUGCCGCUACACACGCCCUUCUCUCAACACUCCAUGCGCCUGGCGUUCUUCCUCGUGUCGGCCUCCAUUCAGCCGCAUUUAUAAGCGCGGUCGUCAGUCUUGGAGUUCUUUUUACCGGUCUCGGUGUUUGGGGCGGAGUGUCAUAA